UGUUUUCGAACUUUACUUCGAUGUAAUAUUAGUACAUGUACCUUUUUUUUAAUAUAAUUUUUAAUGUUUUAAUUAUAAUAUCGGUAACAAGAAAAGACAACAAAAAUCUUGCUUUCGCUUUUAAAUGUCAAAGUGUAAUUCAAUGGGACGCUGUGGUUUUGUUCUUUACCUUGCUUUUUUUUUAAUGUAAAGUUACUUAUUUGCAAUGCGUGCAGCGAUUUGGCGGUCAGCUUUUUGGUUAAAAAGCCAAAAAUGUCAGUUCCGGAUAAAAUACAGGUCGGUUACUUCAAAAUCAGUGGUUGUGGACAUAGAUGAAAGUGAUCAGGAUUUGAACCAUUAUUCAGAUUUUAAAACUCUUCUGAAAACUAAAGGAAUACCAACUAAAGAUGGUCACACGUGUUUGCAAAUAUCUUGUGAAAUGUGUACAAGCGGCUCAACGGCGUGGGCAUAUGUAAAUAAACGCAGCGGAGCUUUUAUGUGUCCAAGCUGUGAUGUAAAACUUCCUCUAGCUGCUGUAAAGAGCGCUUAUGAGAAACGAAGGAAAAUUGUGGAUUACCAACAGGAACAGAAGAAAGAAUAUAAGACGAAAUGUACAGAUCCUGUGCCACGCGAGAUAUGUGAGAGCUUGCACAUCACUGGUUUAAAACAGGUGGACUUUGAGUUAUUAGGAGCUGCUUAUGACAAGAACAUGAAUAUUUUACAAUUUCCUUUAAAAAACGCUAGUAGUCGGUACGUAGGCGAAAAGUGGCUUUUCUUAAGCAGUGGUAAUGAAGAAUCCCAUUGCGACAACAAUACCUCUGGUUUACUAACACAUUGCGUAGGUGACAAACAAAAAGAAAAAGCUGUAGUGGUGUCACGUACAGUGGAUUUCUUGGCAUUGAUAGCUCAACGAUUAGAAACCCACUCCAUUGUAUGUCUACCUUAUGGUCUAAAAUCACUUCCUCAGGAAUGCCUACCAGGCUUGGAGCAGUUCAAAGAAUUGAUAUUAUGGUUCAAAUAUGAUUCCCCAAGUUGGGACAUAGGUAAGAUGUUUGCCAGCAAAAUGGGAGAGAAGCGUUGUCGUCUUAUAAGGCCUACCGAUAUGGAGCCGUCGCCGUUUGAAACUCAACGCAAACGCUACAAUGUAUAUCACAUUCUCCAACGCGCCACGGCAGUACGUCAUCCGUCCAUCACCACUUUUAGUGGUCUUCGGAACGGUAUUUUGAGCGAAUUGCAAAAUAUUGAAAAAGUGCACGGCGUCAAGUGGAAACGUUUUCCUGCUUUAAAUAAACUUUUAAAAGGUCAUCGUAAAGGAGAACUGACUAUCUUAACCGGACCUACAGGUUGCGGCAAAACGACAUUUAUGAGUGAGUAUUCUUUGGAUUUAGCUUUACAGGGUGUUUCGACAUUGUGGGGUUCUUUCGAAAUCAGAAAUUCUCGUUUGGCCGUUACACUAUUACGUCAGUUUGUCGGCUACUCUUUGGAAAAAAGGCUGCAUGAAUUUGAACAUUGGGCCACCGAAUUCGAAAAGCAUCCUAUAUAUUUUAUGACGUUUCAUGGACAACAACCCCUUAAGCUGGUUUUAGACGCUAUUGAACACGCUCAUUAUGUACAUGAUAUUCACCACGUCAUUAUUGAUAAUCUGCAAUUCAUGAUGGGCAUGUCUUAUCGCGUUGACAAAUUUUGGGAGCAGGACAAUAUUAUAGCUGCUUUUCGCUCUCUGGCUACCAAACGCAACGUCCAUGUUUCUCUAGUUAUGCAUCCCCGUAAAGAACGUGACGAAGGCGAUUUAACCACCAAUUCCAUUUUCGGGUCUGCCAAAGCUACACAAGAAGCUGACAAUGUCUUGAUAAUACAAGACAAACGCUUAACUUCAAUAAGCGGUAAAAAAUACUUGCAGGUGGUUAAAAACCGUUACAGCGGCGACUUAGGAAUAAUGCCGCUAGAAUUCAACAAAGAAGCCUUAAGUUACGCCAGCACUGCAAGAAAGAAAAAAAAAGAGAAAGACAAAGAGAAAGAGAAGUCUUCGACUGAAGACGUUUUGCCAAAAUGUCCUGUGGAAUAA